AUGGGGGUUUCAGGCACUAUGGAGUUCUUGUCUGAUCUGCUAAGCAGUGCUAAAAAGGGCAAGAAAAAGAAGCAGAUGAAUACUGUAUCUCUCAAAGUCAGAAUGGAUUGCGAAGGCUGUGCACUUAAAGUCAAGAAGGCACUCUCUGCAGUAAAAGGGGCGAAAUCUGUGGUGAUCGACUUGAAGAACCAGAAGGCAUCAGUAACUGGUUUUGUUGAUCCAAAGAAGGUGUUGAAGGCUGCUAAAGCAACUGGGAAAAAAUCUGAGCCAUGGCCGUAUGUACCAUACACAAUGAUAGCUCACCCUUAUGUUGCUGGAGUUUAUGACAAAAAGGCACCUCCAAAUUAUGUUAGAGGCACUGAUGAUCCAGCAGUUGCCACUCUUAAUCCAGUUGAAGAACAAUACACGCUCAUGUUUAGUGAUGAUAAUCCAAAUGCAUGCUCUGUUAUGUAA